AUGCAUGCAGGCCUGUUGAAGAUGCACUGGUCCCCAGAGCAUGCCCAGUCCCUCAGCCAGUGGCCUGAGCAGCACUUGGAUGUGUCCUCCACCACCUCCCCCCCGGCAUACAAGCCAGAGCUCUCCUCCACAGAGCGUCGCUGCUAUGCCUGGGCCAAUGACGAUAUCUCUGCACUCACCGCCUCCAGCCUCCUCCGGCACUAUGCAGAGAAGUACUCUGGAGUUCUGGACUCACCCCCUGCGAGUGCCUAUACUGAGUCUGGGGCUUCUGGGAGCCUCGGCGGGUCUAAGAGUGAGCCAGAGGCAUGGCCCCUAACACAUGGAGCUGAGGGAUACCCUGGGCUCGAUGGUGUGGGAGGGGCCAAAACAACAGUAGUGAUGUCAGCAGUCCCCCCCUGCACAGGCAGCAUGUUGGUGGUGGACGGUAACCUUUCAGACCCUGGGUACAGCACUGGUGGCUCCUGUGAAGGCCCACUUUCACAGGAUUACCCGGCGGCCUAUAAUAGCACAUACCUCACCCCCAGGUACUGCCCCUCACCUAGUGCAUUUCCCACUCCAUCCCAGCAUGCACUGCAGCCUGCAUCCACUUUGGUGUCCAGCUGCACCCCUCCUGGCCCCAUCUACAACUAUCCUCCAAGCAGCUACUCUCACCAGCUUGGCCUUGCUCCCACCUGCACCCAUUCACCUGCACCCUACCUCUCCUCAGCGCUGGCCACUCCAACUCCCUUGCCUGUACAUCCCACUUUUGCCGGAGGCAGUUAUGGUUACGAAAAUCAUAACCUAGGGGGUACAGAGCCCCAAGAAUCACUGAAGAGGAAGGCCUUGGACAAGACAGAGGUGAACAAUGAAGGGGGUGGUUCACGCUACGGGAAGCAUGGAUUUAACCACCCAAAACCUGAAGGUGGCUCACCCUACAGUGUAGGUGACACAGCAGAGUGUCCUGUCAAUGGCUUUGGGACGGGCAGUGCCAACUCUCAGACAUACAAGCACAGAAAGCUCCCCUCUCAGCCAGGCUUGGGGUCAAACGAAGAAGGCAAGUACAGUGGGGUGAAGCCUCUGGUUUCACCUCCUUAUGCCAGUGUAGGGGAGUACAGCCCCCAUGCUGCUCUGAAUGGUGACAGGGGGGAAGACCAUGGCUUCCCACAGCCCCACUUUGCCCCCAGGCUACUAGUGGCAUUCUCGGAGUCAGAGGAGCUGCUGAAGAGCACGGACCCCCAGCUGCUGGAGCUGGUGACCACAGAUCUGCAGGACCGCAGACCUCCGCUUCCCUGGGGGGAGCUGGCCGGCCACGCUCGCAUAAAGGCUGCUCUGGAGGAGGAUGUUCUGCGGCCUGCUCUGAGGCCCAGCCCUGCCAGCCUCCUGCCUCGGACCGUGCUGCUCUUUGGUCCUCGCAGAGCAGGAAAGACCACUCUGGCUCACUGCCUGGCCUCCCAGCUGGGUGCCACCUUCUUUCGGCUGAGUGGGGCAGCACUGGCCCCCAAGUGGGAGGGUGAGGGGGGAAAGAUCUUGCGCACCCUCUUCCUGGUGGCGGGCGCACGGCAGCCCUCUGUGGUGCUGAUCAGUGAGGUGGAGGCUCUGAUGGCAGAUGGUCCGCGGCAGCAGGUGCUGGCCCACCUGGAUGCAGCACAGCAAGGUGCCGCUGCCCAGCUGGUGGUUUGCACUACACAUCGGCCCGACAUGCUGGGAGAUGCAGCUCACUGCCGCUUCGCCAAGAGCUACUACAUGGGGCUGCCGGAUAUGAGGGCACGCAGACAGGUUUUGCUGCGGGCCCUGGCGCCCCAGAACAGCUUUCUGAGUGAGGGGGAGCUGGGUGCCCUGCUACAGUGCACAGAGGGACUCUCUGUCUCUCAGCUGCUGCAGCUCUGUCAGCAGGCGACUGCCUCUGCUUCCGCCUCCGUCCCCACCCCCCUGCACAGCCUGCCUGCACCCCUCAUAGGCCCUGCCUUCAAGGACUUUGAAAAAGCCCUAAGCAAGGUGCAGGCCCUCACCACCUCCAAAGAGCUGGAUGCAUGCAUAAAGUGGAGCAAAGCAUACAGAAAAUGA